CAAGACCGCAACAACUAGCAGCUGUGUUAUACACACACAGGCAGACAGACCACAUAAACAACAGAGCGAAGCCUGACCGAGGCAGUCCGAGUGAAAAGCCAGGAGAGAAGCAUCGUAGAGCCCAGACAGAGAUACAGAGAUACAGAGAUACAGACACCAGACCCAGAGGACAGUCUUUUGACAGUGAAGAGAGGUUUCAGCAACAUUUUAUAAAGUGUUCUCUGAGACACAACAGCUAAGAGCUGUAGGGAGUCUUACAGAGACCGAAGCAGACACAUGAAAGCUGAAAUACUUGACUCACCGGGCAGACACUGAGAGAGCCAAACAUGGCCAAAAUCCCAUCAGAAGACAUCCCACGGCUCUUCCAGAGACUGUCGAUGAACGAGGUGGAUGAGAAGGUACGUCUGCUAGCGGAGAGGGUGUACGCCUCUGCCCUGAAAGAGGAGGACACCAAGGAUGCUAUGUCCCUGUUCAACGUGCCGGAGGACUGUCCCAUCGGCCUGCAUGAGGACAGGGAGAGGGCUCUGCAGAAGGAGAUGGCAUCGCAGCAGUCUCAAGAGUCUGCUAAGAAGAAGAAGAGUUUCAGGUUGAAGCGUUCGCAGUCGGUGUCCUCGCAGAUACCCAGCGAUGGAGACUGGGCCCGCUCUGUGGUUUCCCCGAUGCACGACUCAACCACACAAGAACCUUAUCCCAGAGAGGACUUUCCAGACUUCCAGAGAGUAACAAUCAGUGGAGAUUACUGUGCAGGGAUCACAGUUGAGGAUUAUGAGCAGGCAGCCAAAAGUCUCCUUGGGGCGCUGUUCAUCAGAGAGAAGUACUCCAGGCUGGCCUACCAUACCUUCCCAAGAACCACCGCCCGAUUCCUACGCAGCUCCCAAAAUGAGAAGUGGCGUGAGGAGGACGAGAUCAUGCCAGACAUCUGGCCUUCCCCUCAUGAAGGGGAGGACCCGUACUCCAUGGAGGGUAUUCCUGAGGACCUGAACUACGAGCUGCAGAUGAAGGAUGGCAUAGUUCAUGUUUACGACAAUGCCGAGGCCCUGAAACAACAGCAGCCCCACAACCUCCCUUACCCCGACCUGGAGACCUUUGCCAUAGACCUGAGCCACGUCCUCGCAAUGAUAGCCGACGGCCCAACGAAAACCUACUGUCACAGACGGUUGAACUUCUUGGAAUCUAAAUUCUACCUCCAUGAAAUGAUGAACGAAAUGGCAGAGCUAAAAGAGCUGAAAUGUGUUCCACACCGAGACUUCUACAACGUCAGAAAGGUGGACACACACAUACACGCUGCUGCCUGCAUGAACCAGAAGCAUCUGCUGAAAUUCAUAAAGACCACGUACCAGACGGAGGCAGAUCGCGUGGUCCUGGAGAAGGGCGGUGAGAAGUUCACGCUCAAGGAAGUCUUCCACAACCUUAACAUGGACCCCUACGACCUCACCGUGGACUCUCUGGAUGUGCACGCUGGAAGACAAACAUUUCAUCGCUUUGACAAGUUCAACUCCAAAUACAACCCAGUGGGGGCCAGCGAGCUGCGAGAGAUUUACUUGAAAUCAGACAACUACAUCAAAGGAGAAUACUUUGCACGUCUCAUCAAGGAAGUGGCCAAAGAGCUGGAGGAGAGCAAGUACCAGCACGCCGAGCCCCGCCUGUCAAUUUACGGCCGCUCUACCAGCGAGUGGGAGAGCCUUGCAACCUGGUUCAUCCAGCACAAGGUCCACUCAACCAACAUGAGAUGGAUGAUCCAAGUGCCCAGGAUCUAUGACAUUUUCAAGUCAAAGAAAAUAUUUCAAAACUACGCCAAGAUGCUGGAGAACAUUUUCCUCCCACUCUUUGAGGCUACAGUUAAUCCCCAAAAGCACAAAGCAACACACAUAUUCUUGAAAUACGUGACGGGAUUUGACAGCGUGGAUGACGAGUCCAAACACAGCGACCACAUGUUCUCUUACAAAAGCCCAAAGCCUGAGGCGUGGACCGCAAAUGACAACCCUCCCUACACCUACUACCUGUUCUACAUGUACGCCAACAUCAUGGUGCUCAACAACCUGCGCAAGGAGCGAGGACUGAACACCUUCCAGUUUCGCCCCCACUGUGGCGAGGCCGGCUCCAUCACCCACCUGGUCUCUGCCUUCCUCACGGCUGACAACAUCUCCCAUGGACUCAACCUCAAGAAGAGUCCAGUGUUGCAGUACCUGUACUACCUGGCCCAGGUCCCGAUCGCCAUGUCCCCACUGAGCAACAACAGCCUGUUCCUGGAGUACUCCAAGAACCCGCUACGAGAGUUCCUGCAGAAAGGCCUGUGUGUGUCGCUGUCCACUGACGACCCCAUGCAGUUCCAUUACACCAAGGAGGCAUUGAUGGAGGAGUAUGCCAUCGCAGGCCAGCUGUGGAAGCUGAGCACCUGUGAUUUGUGUGAGAUAGCCAGAAACAGUGUGCUGCAGAGCGGACUCUCACAUCAGGAGAAGAAACACUUCAUUGGUCAAAACUACCGACAGGACGGACCGGAGGGUAACGACAUUCGGCGGACAAACGUGGCACAGAUCCGCAUAGCGUACCGCCACGAGACACUGUGCAAUGAGCUCAGUUUCCUAGUGGACGCAGUGAAGACGGAUGUUGUCCCAAGCAUACCUGAGUGAUUUACCAUCAAGCACAAACUGUGCCUGAAUAUAUCCGCGGUGAUAAAGAAUCAAAUGGUAGAAAACCAUUUUUUUUACAUAUUCAUAUCUUUCUGACCCAGAUAAAAAAAAGAAAAGUGGGUUCUUAUUACUUUAUGUUGACCUUGGUGCAGGAAUCCGUUGUGUUAAUUGAUUUUUAAACCGUAUUCAAUGCUGCGUCUAUGACCUUUGCCUUUCACUGUGUGCCCCAUUUUAUUGGGAAAGAAGUUUUGGGAAAGAAUUCUUAUUCUUUUGUUCUUUUGACAGGUGUGAAGUGCACUUGUGGAUUUGAAUAUAUAUGAAAUAGCUGAUUUAGAAUAACAUAUUCAUUCAGAAGUAGAAUGUAAAAUAAUUGUUGGCAGUGAUUGGUGAAGGUUUUCUGUCACUUGCAUGUUACAAAGGCCUUUUUCUGGACCGAAAUGGAAAAAAAAGGAAUUCAAAGAGAGGUGCAAGUGUGAGUGAGCUCUAAAACUAGUUUUGUGAGAUUUUUGUGCUGAAAUGUACCACAAAACACUUUUUACUCUACCUUGUAGUUAUUGUCUUUUUUAUGAUUGUCAUUUCUCAUAGAUUUUCAUAUGUAAAUAAAAACUUUAAAACAGUCG